GAAAUCCUAUAUCUUCCAGCUCUCCGUCUUUCUCAAAGUCGUUCGGCGCAAUUUCUUCAAGUCGUGAACAGGUACAUCGAGUAAAUCCUCAAUAUCAUACAGUAUCAACAUAUGGCUUAUGCCCAUGAUGAUUUCGAGAAAGCCCCCUCGGGCGAAGAGGUUGAGUUAGCCGACUUAGCCUCAGGACCCAAAGGACAGCAUGUCGAUAGUUAUGGAAAAGAUAAAACGGUGUCUUCUGUGACACCAGCACGAGCUUUGGAAGCUCCCGAAUUUAUUCGGAAUAUGACUCCGGAGGAGAGAUCAAAAAUGGAGAUAAGAUUAAAGAGGAAGAUUGAUUUGAGACUGAUGCCAAUGGUUAUCUUGAUGUAUAUCAUGAACUAUCUGGAUCGAAACAACAUUGCAGCGGCGAAGUUGGCAGGAAUAUUAACGGAUCUGAACUUGAAAGGCGUGGAGUUCCAGACAUCCGUCAGUAUCCUUUUCGUGGGAUAUCUCUUGAUGCAGGUCCCCUCAAAUCUCUUUCUCAACAAAAUCGGAAAACCUGGCAUCUACUUACCCAGCUGCAUGGUACUCUGGGGGUUGAUUUCUGGGCUUACGGCUGCAUGCCAAAACUACGGCGGACUCGUUGCUUGCCGUUUCAUGCUUGGUUUUGUCGAGGCAGCUUACUUUCCUGGAUGCCUGUAUUAUCUAUCAUGUUGGUAUACAAGGAAAGAAUUAGGGCUUCGAACUGCAAUGUUCUAUUCCGGUUCUUUGAUUAGCGGAGCCUUUUCAGGUCUCAUCGCUGCUGGUAUAAGAGCCCAUCUGGACGGCGCCCGGGGGUUACGGGCAUGGCGGUGGCUGUUCAUCAUUGAGGGAUCCAUUACAGUUGUCAUUGCAUUUGCAUCAUACUUCAUGUUACCCAACUUCCCUCGAACGACAAAAUGGCUAUCAGAGGAGGAGAGAUCCCUCGCCGUCUGGCGACUUGAAGAGGAUAUUGGGCAAGACGAUUGGGUUGAUAGUCGAGACCAGUCGUUCAAGCAUGGGUUAAAGCUUGCUUUUUUGGACAUAAAAACAUACGUCCUUACUGUACUGAUAUUUGGAAUCGUGGCGUCUGGAUCAGUCACGAACUUCUUUCCGACUGUCGUAUCUACCCUCCAUAAAAGUGACGUCGAAACACUUCUUUUGACAGCCCCGCCAUAUGUUCUAGCAGUUAUCACAACGUUUCUGAACUCUUGGCACGCCGACCGAACCGGAGAACGCUUCUUACAUAUCACUAUCCCACUCUGUUUCGCUGUCUUUGCAUUUAUUCUCGCAGCGUGCACAACAAAAAUUGGGCCGAGGUACUUCGCAAUGAUGGUCAUGGUACCAGGAGUCUAUACAGGAUUCGUUGUCGCAUUGGCUUGGAUCAGUAACUCUCUUCCACGACCGCCUGCAAAACGAGCCGCGGCUUUGGCAUUCAUUAAUGCAGUUUCAAACUCCAGUUCUAUCUAUGCCAGUUACAUGUACAGUGCAAGCGCAGCGCCGAGGUAUGUGGUCGCAAUGAGUGUGAAUUGCGCCAUGUGCGCUAUGUCCAUCAUAGCUGCUAUAAUUCUGCGCAUCAUACUGGUGAGGUUGAACCAUAAAUUAGACCAGGGCAUUUACGUCAAGGAUGCAGUAAAUACGCCGACAACGAAAGCUGGGGAGAAAGGAUUCCGGUUCAACGUUUAGGGUCAUAGAGUUUCCAACGCUCACCCUGGGACCAUUGGACAAUUUGGAGCAAUGUGGC